GUUGCCCACCCAAAACCCAAUCUGCGGUUGAAAAUUUUUAAUCCCAGUUCAACCCAUUGAAAAAGAAACUAAAUAGUCUUGAAAUGCGAGUGUCAAUCUUUUCAAACGAGUCUGUCUGAAGAAUCCCAAUGGCCUUGGAUGCGCGUGCAACCCACCUUCCCUGGAGUUCUUAAGAAGGUUCCAUAUUGGAAAUAAUUAUGCUUGUGGUACUAAUGGAGCUGUUUUUAGUUAAAUUAACCCACCUUCCAUGAUUUUCUAAAUUUUGUGUUUGUAUGGUAUAUUGACACAGAACAAUAUUUCCGCUGGCAAUGAUGACAAAAAGGCCGGACUUACGGCUGCUUCCAUGUGGUUGGUAGUAGAUUGAAGAAAGUUUCAGCAAGAUUGUUUUUGUAGACUAAGAAUAGUUGAUGAAUCAAAUUCAAGUCCUGGGAUUUUUGUCAAUGUAUUUGCCGAGAAUAUGGAAAAGCUCCCUCAUGUAGAGUCGGCUGGAGAUAUAGUACUGUUUUCUCGCGUUGUGAUAAACACUUAUAGUGGGGAAGUAUAUGCUCUUUUUAACAGAAGGUUCUCUUCAUUUGCUCUAUUUGAAGGGAUGCAUAGUACAAACCUUGUUCCUUAUCAAGUUUCUUCAAAUUUUUGCCCUAGAGAACACGACAAGAAAUUUAUAAUGGGCUUAAGAAAGUGGUUGGUGGUCGAUUACCCCUUAGAGAUAGGGUCAAAUGAAUCCUUAUCAUUGAAAGAGAUAAGGGAAGGAGAACGCCUUAAUUUGAUUUGCAAGGUUAUUCACAUCUGUGAAGUUGCUAACGAACAGUGGAUGGCCUUUGUUUGGGAUGGAACUGACACUCCACCAGUUGCUAUUCCAUCAAAGCUAGAAGAUGAAAUGGAAAACCCACUCCCUUUACUAUUGGAACCGUUUCCUUUGUCCAGAGAUAUUUUAUGUACAUUUCCAGCUGUUGGAACCGUCUUAAGAGUAAUUGUUAAUCAAGGCAAUGAGAAGCUUGGCCUUCACUUGCUAAAAUCUGGUAGAUGGGUAAAAUUCAUUAACAUAAUUUUUGAACAUUGUUCUGGACUGUGGCGUGGUUUGCUGAUGCCCUUCACUAAGCUCCGAUACUGGCCCAAUGAUGACCAUCUUGUAUUGAAGUCCCAAAGCUUCUAUAGUGAACGGAUUCAAUCAAAAUGGGCAAGGAUGCCAUUUUGGAGUUUUCCUUGGUCUUCUCAUAUUGCAGAGACUGAUUACGAGGAUGUGCCUUUUGUUACUUUAAUGAAUGUUCUCACUUAUUCAGAGGUAACAGCUAAAUUCAGGUGUGUGGUUCGAGUCAUUGCAGCAUUUCCAUGGCAAGCUGAGGACUUCUGCUCUCCCCUUGGGACAUAUAGGAUUAGGCUUACCCUAGAGGAUCCAACUGCUAGAAUCCAUGCUUUUCUGUAUGCUGAAGAUGGGGAGAAAUUUUUUGGUGGCUAUCCUUCCGUUGAUGAAAUGACAAGGAAGCGAAACAUAUUGCUUGGACUUACUGAGAGCAAUGGGGACGAACAAAUUAAGGAUAAUUUCAGAAAUCCACCAUGGGUGGAGUGUUGCAUAAAAUCAUAUUAUCUUGAUAAAAGUGAUGUCUGGGGAAGUCGCAACUUUCGAAUCUUUGCCACAAAGUUGAAGUAGAGAAGUUCAACAGUUUUAGCUAUGUACAGCCACCAAGGUGGUGAAGUAGGGUUCAACAGUUUCAGAUAUAUGUAUAGUUUCAGCUGUGUGUUCAAUAUGAUUUGGUCGUUUCUUUUGUGUUACCUUCGACACCUGUAAUUGUGGCCUUUUUGAUAAAUUCUAUAUAUUUUGUGUGGUGCCUAUAGGCUAUGUA